UUCGCCGGCGAGUGAGAGCUCUACGACACAAGUUGACAGUACCACCGAGGCAGACAUCGUACCAGGCCAGACACAGUUUUGAGCGACCGGAGAUUUUGAUAUAUCAAGAUGACGAGUGGUGUAAAAUGUAACGAUUUGUGCCAGGGCAGGUAUGACAGGCUGAAGAAGGAUAAGAAGACGACGUUUGCGGUAUUCCGGUUGAACAAGAAAAUGGAUGAGAUCAUCAUAGACGAAGAAGUGGACGAUGCAUUGGAUGCCAUGGCUUCCUACAAGGAGCUCACGGACCUGCUUGCCGAUAAAAGUCGCCCGGUCUUUGGCCAGCCAAGAUACAUAUUCUACGAUGUCAAUUACGACCUACCUGCAGGCGGAGGCCACAGAAACAAGCCUUUUUUCAUUUUCUGGUGCUCUGACGAAAGUGCUAAGAUGGCGGAGAAGAUGGUGUACGCAUCAAGCAAGACAGUAGUGAAGAAGCUAGACAGCAGCGCGGAGGAGCAACAGGCCAACGACUUAUACGAACUGGCAAGCGCAGCAGAUGAAUACAUCACAACUAGUAUAGCCAAGGGGCGAUAAACACUAAAGACUUCAUGGUGCAUGAGUGGACAUUAUUAUUUUGUCAGUAUAUUCAAGAUUCCUGACGAUGGCAUACACAUUAUGACAAUUAUUUUUCUACAUUCUGUGCCAUCGGAUAUAAUAGAUACAUGAUUAGUUCAGAAUUAUGAUGUCCAGUGCAAUGGCGGAUUUCGAUUUUUAUACUUAAACUGUCAAUAUGAACCUAGUCCCUUUGUGAUUUUUUAUGUUUAGUAGAAGAAAUGUUUAGCCUGGAAGUCAUGGUCCUAUAUGCAGCCUACCCUGGGGUUCGGAUUACUAUGAUUGAUUCUCUUUGUAGUGUCUUUAAUUGUUCGACUCCUGUUGACAAAGACACACUGUCUCUCCUCAUUUCUUUGAUACAGUCCAACGGGAUCUGGACAGGAAAUAUACAUGUAGAAUGUGUAUGUUUGUUCUGCUGAUGUAUCGGUAAUGUUUUUCAUGAAAAUAUGACGAGGUGUAUGUAUCA